AUGGCGCCCGACAUCACCGACCCCAGAUAUCAUCCCGUCCGAGCCGUCGAGGAAGCGACGACUCCUGAAUUUGGACUCCACAACUUCGUGCAAAACACUUGCGCGUUACUUCUGGGCUACUUCUACCUCCAGGCGGUGCGCAACAUUACGAACAAGAUCGCUGAUCAUAUCCUUUUGACGAGCUUUCCGAACUUAUCGAGUCACUGGAGUAUCGUCCCAGAUGGCCAGAGCAGUUCGCGCCUGCAAGAUACUCAGAAUUACUAUCCGAGGUUGGCGUUCUUGAUGACUGGGCUGUUGCGUUGGCCCGGAUGGUAUCUGUUUGGUUUGCCGUUGUUCGAAUGUGUCCGCAACGUGAUCACCUUGUACACCAUUUGUCAACUCCUCAUCGUCGGCUUCCUGCUCAUCAUACACGGCUUGACAUGGAUUGGCCUUGAUCUGGCCGCCUUAACAGAAUGGAAACCCUCCGCUCCCAACGACAACAACUCCAGAAAGGACAGAAAAGUCGUUCACUUCGACUCUCCAGCGAUUCGCAAAUACAAGGAGACCGAGAUGUCACGGAAACACCCCAGUUCCGUCAGCAUGGGCAGAUUCCUCCAGUCCCUUCCACCAAACCCACUCGCCAGAGCGAAUUUCUACUCACCUCGAAAGCGAAAACAGGUGGACCCCGAGAUGGAGAAGCAACAGCAGCUUAGCUGGGGCAGCCUUUUCCAGUCCGUGCCACAAAGUGCUCUCGCAAAAGCCAACAUCUUCUCACCUCGCAAGUCAAAUCAGGAAGAACCCAAGAACCACGAGUCCAAGCUGCAGCAACCGCAACGAAGCUUCCAGCAACAGCCCUCGUUCGAUCUGUUCAUAACCCGCGAGCUGAAUUCCAGAUCCCAACAGACCGAAACGGCAGUCUACCACUCCAUUCUUAUGCACGAGAACUUGCGAAAGAUGAGUUUUGAGGAACUGAGAAUCGAGCAUUACAUUAAUUCCAAGAGAUUCCUGGUCCAAGCUCCUCCUACUCCUCUUCUCGUGGACGCUGGCACGAUGGAACCACCACUGCCGAUCAUUGACCCUCAGACUGAAGAAAGCGAAGAAGAAGAUCCGACCCAGCUCACUCUCGCGAACACGCCAACGCCAAUCACCGAAUUUCAGGCAGAAGGAGAAGACAAUUCGAUUUCUGACCUGCUCAAAUCCAGUAUGAGACAGAUCGCUCUACCAUCGUGGUUAUCAAGUCGGAUGUCGCGCGACUCAAAGACGACGGGUACUUCCACUUCGCCUGCUGUCUCCAGUUGGGAGAGCCCAUCAACGACACUCGUUCCAUCGAGCACGCCGCCAGGACUUCCGCCAAUGAGUGCACAGCAGUUUUGGGGACGAAGCUUUACUUGA